AUGUUUGAGAUGAAGAGAGCAAUUGACGCCUUAGUUGUUUUAGCAGGUAAGGUUUCAGAAUAUAACGCAAAAAUGAAUCCGCAAUGUUCUAAAUGUAAAGCAGCAAUGAGGAAAUAUAACUACUCCGUCAAAGAGAUAGAACGUAUGCGAAACGACUAUGCUGACUUAAAGAAAGAAGCAGAAAAACCAGCAGAAAAUAAAAUGGACAUGUUAGCAUUUCUGAACAAAAACUAUCCAACAGCAGAAGAUUUCCUUCUAUCUGACGUCAAGAAGAAAUAUAAAGAGACUUUCGGCAUAGUUAAAACAUUCGAUGUACUAAAAGAAGAAAUAGAAGCUACGAAAUUGUUUAGAAUUUCACGAAUUCAUAACGUUUACCAUGUGAAACGCUUGUGA